GGGAAACCUCAUGGUACGCCUAGGAAGCCACGCAUUUUUGCAGGUCAACGUGACCGCCCAAGCGGAUCUGAUUUGCCAGGACAAUCUGGAAAAGGUCAGGCAACAGCUAAGUCAACUCCGUCACCACCUGGCAAAUCUGCUAAAGGAGCAAGUGUGAAGGAUCUGCGUUGUGACUACUGUAAAAGACCCAAUCACCUUAGGCGUGACUGCUGGAGAGCAUCGAAAUUGUGCCUCAUUUGUGGAGGAGGUCAUCAUAUAGAAAAUUGUCCCAGGUAUGAUGCCAAAUAUUCAGGAAAAUCUAAGUCUGCAGGUGCGCAUAAGUCAGAAAACUGAAUGGUCUUGGUGCGAGUGGGGAACCAUUGAGACCUAAAAGAUCUUCCCUAAUAUCAAGCAGAUUACCCUGCUUAUCAGCCACGUGUAGCCGUCCUCAAACACCACUUCCCGCGCCGGUGGAAAGUUCGUCAUUACUGGACAACCGGCCUAUAGAGGAGAAUAUUGCUCCAGGUAGCAAUGAGCCACCUAUGCCUGGCUCAUCUGGGACCUUAGAUGGCGCCGCUCAAAUCGUGGUUUCGGCCGAAUCCAUUGCUCUCCCACUGAUGCCUGGAAAACUUGUGAAUUUAGUUGGUGGAAGUGACCUUCUUUUGCGAGUGAUGGUGCAGAUAAAUAACAAAGAAGUGUUAGCUGUGAUAGAUUCGGGUGCUAUUGCAUCUCUGAUGUCACUUGAACUUGCACAAAGUUUAAAUUUGUCUAUUAGUAGUGACGAGUGCAUUUUCAGUGUUAUUGGUGACAAAAGUGUGAGUAGCCUUGGCAAGGUAGAGUGCUCUUUAUCUAUUCAUGGUGUACCAAUGGCUGACAAUACCUUUUGUGUUUUCCCUACAGUGAUCAGUAAUCGCAUUCCAUUGCUGUUGGGGGUUGAUUUUCUGCAAAAUAAUGGCAUUGAAUUGUGUAUUAAAAAACGGCUAAUUGUUAAACAUUGUACCACAGGUGGGACUGCCGAAAUUUAUUUGGAUGAUUUGGGUCAUUCUCGUCAGGUAAUGCUGGUGGGACUCAAAUGUUUUGCCAAUUCCGACGUGCAUGUUGAGCCUGGUAAGGUGGAAGCUGUGCCCUUAGACUGUCCAUUACCAAAUAUUGAACCUGACCAUAUGCUCUUUUAUUCUGAUGAUGCUAUUGACCAUUCUUUGUCCAAUGAUAUUCGGGGGUUUAGUGGGAUUGCUGGCCCCAAUACUAGACAUGUACUAAUGACCACUGGAGGCUCGGCUUUGACAAUUAAGAAGGGGCAGUUCAUUGGCACUGUGUCGACCGUAGUUCAGUUACCUAGUGAUCAAACAGCCCAGCCAAAUGGAAUUGAUAUUGAGGAACUUAAAUCUCAAGUAAACAUUGCAGUACUCAAUUCAGAUCAGCAAAGUCAAGUUUUUUCUAUGCUGUGUAAGUUUGGAAGUGUUUUCAGUGGGGGUGAUACUGACAUUGGUCUGGCAUGUGUCACAGAGCACAAUAUUAAAUUAACAAAUGACACCCCUAUCUUCCAACGGCCACGUAGAUUUCCUCCACCAAUUGCUGAUGAGAUUGAGCGCCAGUG